UGUGCUCUGGUGGUGGAAGUGUGAAAAAUAAAGUUGUCUGGAAGCAGUAGCAGCAGUUCGGCGCAGGAUCGGAUAUAUCGACAGUCCGGUUAUAUCGAUAUUUUUUCCGACUCCCGACAAUAUCGAUAUAACGAGACUUUACUGUAUAUUAAUUUUAGUGCAAUGAUAAAUGGGUCAUAGUGCAAAUAAUGACGGUGUAUACUGGUGAGUAAAGUCACAUAUGAGUGUAUUGUAUUGGGUUGUUAAAUAAAUAAAUAUGAUUGAGGUAGUAACAUUCACAUGUUUAAGCAGAAAGUUUUCUACGAAAGAUUUGCUGAUGUUUUGCAUGGCAUCGCAUUUGAUGGUAGUUUGACUUUUCGAGGCAACUCAUUCCCAAAAUCAAAUAGUACCACUUUUGGGAAGGUCAAAUGUUGAUAGGUUCCAUGAUGCAGUAUUCUACAAAUGCGGCCUCAUGAAUGUGAACAGGUCUACAUGUCCGUUUACAUGAAUGAAGUCACAAGCUUGACUUAACAUUUGUCACAUCACAGGAAAAAAAACAGCAUUGUGUGGAUAUGUGUGUAUGUGUGUGUGUGUUUGUGUGUCUUUGUUGCAGGACACGUGAGCCAACAUGUUACUCGUGAUGUGAUGUGCUCUGACAAGCCCUUUUUGUGCUGGUGUAACGUGCCUUGAACUCUGCACAGCAUCUCCUUUCAAAAUCAAGCAGACAAGAGAAAAAGCACUAAAUAAAUUGAACUCCACGUGACCUCCUCCCUCAGGAGACCCCGUGCAGAUACGGGACUACCGCCGCUUCGUAUGCUUUAAGAUGUAUCAACAAAUACUGCAGGUCGUUCGAUAAAUUAGAAACUCAAAUUGGAGGUAUUUUUGUGACAAGUAGGACAUAAAAAUUGUCAGGGGCACCCAAGAAAAAUGCAACAUUUUUCUUGUGCCUCUUUUAUAUUUUUCAAAAUAUUAAGAAGAAAUAUUAUUAUUUAAAAAAAAAAAAAAGCACAGCACAGAUAAUGGAGAAAGUGUUUUCUUCCACUCAUAUAUAAUAAUAAUAAUAACACGUUGUGAAAUUGUGAAAGUGCCUGCUUUGCACGUAAAACACAAUAAAAUAGAUUGCAGACAAUAACAAACCUUCCAAAUCUUCCAUAAACAGCCUCAAGGCUCCUCUUAUUAAUUUUGUAUUACUCUGAUGGUUUAAUUUAUUGGCACACAAUAAAUUGCUGUGUUUCUUGUACCUUAAUGCUUUAAUAUUGUUUGUGCCCCCAGCUUUCUCGGGGCUAAAGCAAAAAACCAGUGCAAGAAAUUGGGUAUAAAAGAAAACUAAUAAUAAGGGCAAAAUAUUUAAUUGGUUAUAUUUCAAUUUAAAUUUCUUGUUGUUUUUGUGCAUAAUUCAUUAUGAACACGCCAACUUGUUCUUGCAGGAUGUAUGUUUUUAUAUUUGACUCGUGUCUCAUUCGCUACAAUGUUUGUGAGGCACGACCAACUCCCAUAUUUCAAAUUAUUGACCUUCUGCUAAAGAAUUUAGAUCCGGAUUUCCACUUGAGAUGUAAUUUACAACCAAAUAUGCAGUAAUACCACACCAUUCUAUAUUUUUAGAUGGAAUAAAUGCCUCAUACAGUAGGCUACAAUACAGUAUUUAAUACAUUAUCUAUAUCAGGGGUGUCCAAACAUUUUCCACUUGGGGUUAUACUACAUCUUUCACCUUUUACUACUUAAUUACACGCAAAAAAACAAUGAAAUGUUGGUAAAAAUAUGCUUUACAGCUAUCAACAUAAAAAACAGUCUGUAUGUGUUUUAAGUUAGAAAGCAAACUCUUUGAUAUGUUCAAGUUUGUGUUUAGAAUAUGCAUAGAUUAAUUAAAAAAAAAAAGCUGUGGGCCUCACUUGGUCCUUCUAGUGGGCUUUGGGCAUAUUAGGCUAUAUACACUUACUAACCACAACAUUAUGUACAACAAUUAUUUUAAAAAUGCAUUUAAUUUAAUGUGUUUAAUUUAACACAUAUUAAUAAAUAUGUUUAUUGUGGUUGUGGUUUGCAGUAGUGUACAGUAAACUGCAAGUGUACUGCAUCAUACUGGCAUUAUCAGAAUCAGAAACACACAAUGCUGAGUGAAGCACUUUUUAUGUUUUGCAAAAUAAUUUCUGUGAAAUACUGUGAAAGAUAAAUAAAUAUAUUAUUUGUAUUAUAUUUUUAAUUGUUUAUUAUAGUGUACAUAUUUAUAUAAUCCAUGUGUAACAUAUUUAUGUAAUAACAUAUUUGUGAAAUAUAUUGUUUUAUAUUAUUAUUAUAUUAAGCAGACAUAUAGUAUUAUUAUUAUUAUUUAAUGUAUUGGCUCAUUUGACAUAUUUAACUAAGCCACGCCCACAUCAUCACACCCGGAACAGGAAGUACCUUCCUGUGUGUGUCGCUGCUGACGUUUAAGCUUCCCCUGAAGUGACGAUGGCGUCCACAGAGCAGUCCCUGCCGGACUUGACAGAUAAAGAAACCCGGGAAAAGCUGUCACUGUGGGACCGCCGCCACGACGCCAUGGCUCCUCUUACGGAGAAGCAAACGGACUCCGUGUUGGAGAUACGAGCUGCGGCUGAGACACUUGCUAUCCCCUCGGAGUUACCCAUCGAGGACUUGGGCAGUCUAUCAUCUCGCUCCCUCCAGUCGCCUUUCACCGCCACUGUGCCAGAGUCAACAGAGGACAUCCUGCUCAAAGGCUUCCAGAUGCUCAACAUGGAGAACGACCGAGUAGAAACAGCACAGCAGUUUUUUGCCUGGUUUGCCAAGUUACAAGCCAACAUGGAUCAAGAUGAGAGCGCAAAAUACAGGCAAACCCGAGAUGUUCUCCACUGCUACCAGGAACAAUGUGAUGCCAUUCUGAAAGAUGUCACUGCAGCUCUGGAGCAGCUGGACUCCCUUCAGAAGCAGUACCUCUUUGUGUCCAACAAGACCGGCACGUUACACGAGGCUUGUGAACAACUUUUGAAAGAACAAGCGGAACUUGUCGACCUUGCAGAGAACAUACAGCAGAAAUUGUCAUAUUUCAAUGAGUUGGAACAUAUAAACACGAAACUCAGCUCUCCAACCUUGUCUGUGAAUAGUGAAGGCUUUAUACCAAUGCUGUCUAAAUUGGAUGACUGCAUUGAUUAUGUUUCUUCACAUCCCAAUUUCAAAGACUACCCAGUUUACCUGGCCAAGUUUAAACAGUGUCUUUCCAAAGCCAUGCACUUCAUGAAAGUCCACAUCGUUAAUACUAUGCAGAACCUCACAAGCGUCUUAACAAAAAGGGAUCCAAUGGGUUUGGCAAACGCUGACAAUGCCUUUACACUUUAUUAUGUGAGAUUUAGAGCAGCUGCACCCAAAGUUAGAUCCCUGAUAGAACAGAUAGAACAGCGGGCGGAGAAGAUUCCAGAAUACCAUCACCUGUUGGAUGAAAUCCACCAGUGUUACCUCGACCAGAGAGAGCAGCUCCUCAGUCCCAGCAUUACUUCCACCAUCAUAGAUUUGACCCAGCAGAACAGCAAAGACCACUGCGCCCUGGUCCGCAGUGGCUGUGCUUUUAUGGUGCAUGUGUGCCAGGAUGAACAUCAGCUUUACAACGAGUUCUUCGCCAAGCCCACACCCAAGCUGGAUGAGCUGCUGGAGAAGCUGUGUUUGUCUCUGUAUGAUGUUCUGCGGCCUCUCAUCAUUCACAUCAUCCACCUGGAAACUCUGUCGGAGCUCUGCGGCAUCCUGAAGAACGAGAUCCUGGAGGACCACGUUCACAACAACGCCAGCCAGCUGGGGGCCUUCGACACCGUGGUGAAGCAGAUGCUGGAGGAUGUGCAGGAGAGGCUCGUCUACAGGACGCACAUUUACAUCCAGACGGACAUCACAGGCUACAACCCUGCCCCGGGGGAUCUGGCCUAUCCUGAAAAACUGGAGAUGAUGGAGAGAAUUGCUCAGAGUUUGAAGGAAGAGCAGAUGAAGCAAACGUCCCAGGUGUCCGUCUUUUCGGAUGUUCAGCUCGAGGAUCCUGAUGGGAGAAGAAACAGCAACGCUGAGAAAGCAGAGGCAUCCCGCCUGCAGUCGUCCAUCUCUCCUGCCGAUUUGCAUGGCAUGUGGUACCCAACGGUUAGACGGACGCUCGUCUGCCUGUCCAAGCUGUACAGAUGUAUAGAUAGAGCUGUCUUCCAGGGUUUAUCUCAAGAAGCCUUAUCUGCUUGCAUCCAGUCCCUGCUGAGAGCCUCCGAUAGCAUCCUUAAGAACAAGACACAAAUAGAUGGGCAGCUUUUCCUGAUCAAGCACCUGCUGAUAAUGCGUGAACAGAUUGCUCCAUUUCACACCGAUUUUGCCAUCAAGGAGAUUUCACUGGACCUGAAGAAAACGCGAGACGCUGCCUUCAAAAUCCUGAACCCGAAAGCUGUUCCCAAAUUCUUCCGGCUUAACAGUCACAACGCCAUUCUCGAAUUCCUGUUGGAGGGAACCCCGGAGAUAAAGGAGCACUACAUCGACUCCAAAAAGGACGUGGACCGGCACCUGAAGUUCAGCUGCGAGCAGUUCAUUCAGCAGCAGACUCAGAUCUUCACGCGGAACCUUGAGGAGUUUCUCACCAAGGUUGCGGCUCUCAAAACCAUGGCCGUCGAAGGCGGCCCAGCGUACACGCUGUCUCAGCAGCCGUGGGCUCAGCCUGCAAAGAUCAACGAUCUGGUGAUGGCAACCUACCGGGUGAUGAAGAACAAGCUGCCGAGCACGCUGCAGAGCAUGUCCUUGUACUUGGCCAACAGAGACACUGAGUUCAUCCUUUUCAAGCCAGUGCGGAAUAAUAUCCAGCAGACAUUCCAAAGACUGCAUACUUUUCUCCAGGAGGAAUACAGCGGAGAGGACCUUCAAAUCAUCGCCUGCCCGUCAAUGGAGCAGAUUAACCUGCUGCUGUCUGUGAAUAAGUAAUGACCCGAAUGUCUUCUGGGUUUGCGAUGUCGCACCUCCAGCUGUAGGACUGAGAGCCGAGAUGGCCGAUCAAAGCCAAAGAGCAGUGAAGUGUUUGCUGAGCCGUCCGCCAUGAAGUCAAGAUCUCCUCUUAUUAGUUUGUUUAAAACACGGAGGCGUAAGAACUCAGAUCCUGCACCGCAGCUGCAUCUCACGUAACGGCAAAAUGGUUAAGCUAAAGCAUACUUGCACGGUGCGAUGGUGCGGGGCUAGCACGCUGAAAGAUAAUGGACUGUUCAGACAAGGACUCUUAGGCUGUCUGAAUGGAGGAACUGAAGGGCUGUUCAUCAGCCAUUUAGCUCACUGGCCAGUAAGGCAACUCGCCUUCCGAUUCGCUCAAUGACUAUUGCAAAACCUUUUAUUUGCAUAUUUUAGCACGGUGGUUCUAAGGUCUAAUAGAGCCCCUCUUUUACCUGCGCUACCAGAUGCUCAGGUGAUGCGGUCAUGGUCAAUUCUGCACAGGUCUUCUCUUGCGUUGAUGUAAAAAGGACAAAUGCUAUGUUUUAUAAUGUUUCUUUUUAUACCUUGGUUACAAAUCAAAUGCUUCUACUUCUCAACCAUGGAUUCAGUUUUGCACUGUUUAAGGGAAACUAAUGUAUGCCGCAAAAAUGAUAUGUACAGUUAUAUUAUUUAUGACCAAUGUGAUUAAAACGUUCAUCGGGUUUGAUGAGUGGCUGAGAAGAAUGUGGCAUUUCUAUCUUGAUUUUUGUGACCAGUGCAAUGACACUCUUCAUACUAAUGAGAAUCUGCCCUUUAGGGAGUCUCCUUGUCAGACACGCUGUUUCCAUCCGUCCACCUGUGCUGUGACCUUCUGUGGACUGACAGACUUGAUCCGUGCACAGGGACUGGCUGGGUGAUCCAAAAGCGGUAUGUUGAUCUCAGCGCUCCACCGAAGGAUAUCAGGUCUUUGCAGUGUCACACCUGUGAAGCGGCUGAUAAAGUUAGUCCUUAUUUGUCCUGCUCCUUGCGUACACGGAAUGCCUAUUUCCUGAUUGUAAUCGAUCAAUGCCUCUUUCAUAACAACCCUGUGAUUGACAGGUGACCAUUCCAGGUUGGGAGUCAGGACUCUGCCCUAAGACAAGCAGGCAAGGAAAUGAAUGCAGGGAUAAAAAAAAAAUGCCUCUUACAGACAGGUGAGCUAUUGGGCUCUAAUUUCGUAGACCAGGCGCGGCGCAGGUGCCCAGGUGCGCCCUGCGCCUCGUCUACGAAUGCGAAUGGGGCGUUAAACAGUGUUUGCCAUCAUUGUUUUUUUCCACUGAAAUGUCCGCGACACUGAAAAAUCUGUCAACCAAUUUAACAUUACGCAGGCUGCGCUUCGCCUGCGCCCCGAUUAGCCCGGAUCUGUGCUGUCCAGCUUUCCCUGCACCUUUGGCGUGAUUUGUCACAAAAUUGCUAAUGCGCCAAGCUGAAAAU